AAGGACUGAGCCACGUUGCCCAACUUUGACCAAUCAUACAGCUGUCAAAUUCCUAUUCGUCUAAACACAUGGACCCGCUGUACGAUACUGUUAUUUAUUUAUACACACCCUAUUUAUUUAUACACACCCUAUACUAUUCUCCGAUAGUCACACUCUCUCUCUCUCUACACUCUACACUCUACACCGCGCUACGCUACAAACAACGCUCCUCCAAACCCUAGCUAAGCGGGAACAAUACUCUCUCUCUACAAAAAUCUCCUCCUCUCUCUCUCUGUCUCUCUCUCUCUCUAGAGAUCGGCAUUUUCUGGCGAUGUGAUUUCUGCAACUGCACAGUUGUCCGUUUCAACACCUGGUCUGAGAGUGAGAGAGAGAGAGAGCAUCAGAUUCUGAUAGCGUAGAUCUUAUUUAGAGGAAAAAUUGUAUUUGUUGUUGCAUGAUCGCCGGAGAUGGCUUCAGCUUGCGUGAACAAGAUUGGAAUGUCGCCGGAUAAUUUUCUGGACCUUCCGCCUACUUAUCCUUCGUACGGUUGGUUGAGUCCUCGAAUCUCAUUCAGCCGAGAGAUUCCUGACGACGAAGCAUCGAAGAUCACCGGAGGAAAGCUGGAAAAGGAGGACGUUGCUCCGGAAUCGUCAGAUCCGGAAGUUUCUGGGAAGGAUUUUGGUGAUUUCGAGUUCAGACUUGAAGAUCCGGUUACCAUGCUUCCCGCCGAUGAGCUCUUUUCGGAUGGUAAGCUUGUGCCAUUGCAACUCUCCGUGAUCCGUCCUGCGGAGGCGUCGACGGUGUCGGCGGAGAUGAGAUCGCAGGAUACGCCGAAAGCUCGCCGGAGAGCGGAGGUUUCAGGUACGGAUCCUUACUUGUUCUCGCCCAAGGCACCGAGGUGUUCGAGUAGGUGGAAGGAGCUUCUAGGAUUGAAGAAACUUUACCUCAACAACAAUGCUAAGCAAGAUAACAACCACAAGGUGUCAUCGUCCUUCCCUUUGCAUAACAGUAGUAACUCUAAAUCUCUAAAGAACUUUCUCCAUCGAAGCUCAAAAUCUUCGAGCUCGGUUCUGGAGUCUUCGCUCAGUCUUCCUUUGCUAAAGGACUCAGAUAGCGAGUCCGUUUCAAUUUCGUCUCGCUUAUCUCUUUCGUCCUCAUCGUCUGGUCACGAGCACGAUGAUCUCCCGAGGCUUUCGCUUGAUUCCGAGAAGCCUAAUCUCAGUCAAAACCCGAUCGUUCUCUCAAAGAAUCAGAAUCCAAACUCCAGCACCCCUAGGGUGCGAUUAGUGAAGCGAAGGGCUGCGUCGUCCGAAAUCCCCACCGGUACGAGAAUAGAACGAAGCCCAAGGCGCAGAGCAACAACGGAAUCAACACCUGCUACAGUAGUCCGAGGUGUGUCCGUUGAUAGUCCGCGUAUGAACUCAUCGGGAAAGAUCGUGUUCCAGGGCUUAGAGAGAAGCUCAAGCAGUCCAAGUAGCUUCAACGGUGGUCCAAGAUUCAAACACAGAGGAAUGGAGAGAUCAUACUCUGCCAACGUUAGGAUCACUCCGGUUCUAAACGUUCCUGUUUGUUCACUUAGGGGUUCUUCAAAGUCGAGUGUCUUCGGAUUUCAGCUCUUUUCUUCUCCACAAAAGAGGGAAACCGGUGGCGGUGGAAGCGGUACCGCAGGAGGAAACAGAGGCCAACACAAUAACAGCAAGAACCGGACGGAUCGAGCUUGAUUCAAAUCAAUCAAUGAGCAGAGUUGACUUGAGUUUGUUGGUAAUACCUUCAACAUUGAUUUAGAAGUUUCUGUUAUGACUUUUUUUUCCCGACCCGAGGCAAUACCGCAUGACAAUGUUAGUGGUGGAAUUCAUUUCCUUUUUGCAUUUCUUCAGCUUAUAUAUAUUGUAUAUAUGCGGGGGACUGUGUUUGAUUGUUCACUGUUAGUUAUUCUAACUCUACUUCUGAGAGCUAAUGUUAGAUUAUUUUUUUUUAGGGUUUUCUUGAAAGAUUUGGAAUCUCUCUCUCUCUCUGUUCAUUUUCCUCGCAAAAUUGUUUUGUGAUGUUUUCAGACUUCUGACUGUGACUGUGAUGGGUUUGUUGUGUACGCGCUUUGAAUGCUGGUUGGGAACGUGGGAUUUGGAUUGAA